AUGGCCGACUACUUUUGCUGCCCCAGCGACACGACAUGCCUGGUCCUGGCGGAGAAUACGACGGCCCUCUGCUGCCCGAAGGGAGCGUCAUGCGAUGUUAUCUCGCCCAUCAUCUGCGAUAUCACCGCGCAGAAUGUCAUAGAAAACCCGACAAGCCCGAUUCAUACCACGAAACUCAAAGAGUCUCUACCAUCCUGUGGUAACACAGAAGUCUCACACCAGCACGCCAGUCUCGCCCACAACGAGCACAAAGACCACGACGUUGGGAACGCAAACGGCAACCCAGGCAACGACGUCGACACCUUCCGAGAGCGUUCCAGGGGCAUCGAGACCAUCAGCCAGCCUGGGCCGGGAGCCUUCAACACCCCCGGCCACGGGGGCAUCAUCGCCGGGACCACCGUUGCAGCAGUCGCUUCGGCCGCCUUGUUGACGUGUCUCCUCUGGCUCAAGCGACGCUCCAUCUCUGAAAAGGUCGGCUCCGUGCGGUGGUUCCCACGGCCCUGGCAGCAGCUCCGCGAACGGGGCUCGGAGCAGGACGUCUCCCUGCCGCGGUACAACUCCCCACCACCGGCGUACACGAUUGAAAUGAAACCCCCGUUCAAGCACACGGCGUUCAGGCACUACAGCCCGGACUCGGUGGGGGAUAUCGUGCCUGUCGAGUUGCCCGCCACGCCCGUUUCCUUUAGCGUGUGGUACGUUCGCGAGGAGGGGGAGGUGAGGAGGCCGCGGACUCAUUAUGAGCCCUACCGACGUCCCUCAGGGGAGUGA